UAAUCAUGAGUAGGACUUGGAUUUAAACAGGGAGAGGACGUAGUUGCUGGAAUUAGAACACCGGAGGACCUGGACACCAUGAAACAAUGCUUGCCUGAAGCUUACAAAGAGCUUGUACAGAACUGUGAAAUUCUGGAGAGACAUUACAAAGACAUGAUGGAUAUCGAAUUCACAGUUCAGGAACAUAGGCUGUGGAUGCUGCAAUGCCGAUCUGGAAAGAGGACUGGGAAAGGGGCUGUAAAGAUUGCUGUGGACAUGGUUAAUGAAGGGCUUGUUGAUGCUCAUUCAGCUAUCAAGAUGGUGGAACCACAACAUCUCGAUCAACUUCUUCAUCCACAGUUUGAGGAUCCAUCUUCUUACAAAGACAAUGUGAUAGCCACGGGCUUGCCAGCAUCACCUGGAGCUGCAGUUGGUCAGGUUGUAUUCAGUGCUGAUGAUGCUGAAACAUGGCAUGCGCAAGGAAAGAGUGUCAUUUUGGUGCGGACAGAGACCAGCCCAGAGGAUGUUGGGGGAAUGCAUGCAGCCACUGGUAUUUUGACAGCAAGAGGUGGCAUGACCUCACAUGCAGCUGUCGUUGCCCGUGGGUGGGGAAAAUGUUGCGUAUCCGGAUGCUCUGACUUACGUGUGAAUGACUCAGAAAAGGUUGUUCUAAUUGGAGACGAGAUAAUUAAGGAGGGUGAGUGGCUUUCACUCAAUGGAUCUACAGGAGAAGUGAUAAUGGGGAAGCAGACACUUGCUCCUCCAGCUAUAAGUGGUGACUUGGAAACCUUCAUGUCCAUGGUUGAUAAAAUAAGGUCUCUCAAGGUUAUGGCAAAUGCUGACACACCAGAAGAUGCAAAAACAGCAAGAAAUAAUGGUGCACAAGGGAUUGGACUUUGUAGGACGGAGCAUAUGUUCUUUGCGUCAGAUGAGAGGAUAAAGGCAGUGAGACAGAUGAUAAUGGCUGUGACACCAGAACAGAGAAAGAAGGCCCUGGACUUACUAUUGCCUUAUCAAAGAUCUGAUUUUGAAGGAAUCUUUCGUGCAAUGGAUGGUCUUCCUGUAACAAUCCGGCUGUUAGACCCUCCUCUCCAUGAAUUUUUGCCAGAGGGGGACAUUGAACAAAUGAUCAGCGAACUAACUUCUGAUACUGGCAUGACUGAAGACGAAGUCUUUUCAAAAGUUGAGAAACUCUCAGAAGUAAAUCCCAUGCUUGGUUUUCGUGGUUGCAGGCUUGGGAUAUCGUAUCCAGAACUAACUGAAAUGCAAGCACGUGCAAUCUUUCAGGCUGCUAUCUCAAUGAGCAACCAGGGUGUCCAAGUUCUUCCUGAAAUAAUGGUUCCCCUUGUUGGAACACCACAGGAACUAGGACAUCAAGUGAGUUUAAUACGUAGCAUUGCCGAGAAAGUAUUCUCUGAGAUGGGUACUUCCCUAGAUUAUAAGGUUGGGACUAUGAUUGAGAUACCCAGGGCUGCUCUACUUGCAGAUGAGAUUGCCAAGGAAGCAGAGUUCUUCUCAUUCGGGACUAAUGACCUCACACAAAUGACAUUUGGAUACAGUAGAGAUGACGUCGGAAAGUUCCUUCCAGUGUAUUUGUCCAAAGGCAUUCUACAAAGUGAUCCAUUUGAGGUGCUUGAUCAAAAAGGAGUGGGGCAACUCAUCAAGAUUGCUACAGACAAAGGACGUGGAGCAAGGCCUAGCUUAAAGGUCGGAAUAUGUGGAGAACAUGGUGGGGAACCCUCUUCUGUAGCAUUUUUUGCGAAGGUUGGACUUGACUAUGUUUCAUGUUCACCAUUCAGGGUCCCUAUUGCUAGGCUUGCAGCAGCUCAAGUGGUCGCUUGAGAAGACUUCAAGUAGGAAGAUCUGUGGAUCAAGUGUUGCAUGCAUGUAACCUUCAUGCAGUUAGAAGAUGGGUCAAAUAGGGAU